AUGAACUUAUGUGAGGAUGAGACAACAAAAGCACUCUAUGCCUUAUAUCAAAUGCCAAUUUCUCAUGUUCAAAGUAAUAUUCAAAGUCAUGGCACUCAAACUGCACUUGGAGUUAGCUCUACUAAUUCUUUACAAUAUGGCCUAAAUCAAAAUAUGCCUAGUUCUGAUAUGUGUGAAAGAGGAAGGAAGAAACUUGUUAUUAAGGAAAAGGCAAUUUCAGGAAUAAAUAAUGACAUGCAUCGGUUCUCAAAUUCAGUGAAGGCUAAUGUUCAGAAAAGUGCUUUAGGACAUGGGCUAACUGGAAAGAAAACUGAGAUAAAACCAAGAGAUUUUGAGAGUGCAGUACCAAAUAUGGAUGCUCAAUGCAGCAUUCCCUCAUCUGUAGUAGGGGAAGUUAAGAGGGAAGCAUUGAGUGUGGGUUCUAGAAUUGUAGCUCAGUAUCAAAAGGGAAGCAUGUCUAAUGAGCAUCCUGUCAAGGUUUCGAGCAAUGGUGAUUUGGUCAAGUCAAUUAUAAAUUAUGCUAAUGUUAGUAAUAAUGAUGCAGCAAAUUGUAGUUUUGGAAAUUUUGUACCUCAUCAGCAACCCACUGUGUCAAGUCCUGUGAGAACCAAUUUUAACCAAACUUUUAUUAACACCCUGAAAGAAGCUACAAAAUUAAAAGAAAGAGUAGAUAAUUAUAAGAACUUUGGGUUUUCCUUUGAAAGCAAUGAGACAUACUUUCAAGCUAGUUUGAAGUUUCUGCAUGGAGCAUCUCUUUUAGAAAAUUGUCACAAUGAAAUUAGCAAGCAUGGGAAAAUGAGUCAAAUGCAAAUUUUUUCAACUGCAGCCAAACUUUUCAAAUGUUGUGCCCAUGAAUAUGAAGCUCGGCAAGAAAUGUUUGUUGCUGCUUUGGCAUAUAAAUUCAUGGAGGUAGCAUACAUGAGAGUGGUUUAUUGUAAAAAUUCUAGUAUUAACAGAGAUCAACAUGAGUUACAAUCAACUCUUCAAAUGGUUUCUCAAGGUGAAUCUCCUUCAUCUUCUGCAUCUGAUGUUGAUAACCUAUACAAUCAGGAAGGAGCAGAUAGGGCUACUUUGCCUAGGGGGUACUAA